ACUUUUGUGUAAUGCUGAUUCUUAGAUCACGUUUGCAAUCAGUAAACGGUGGAGCGAGGUGUCGAUAUCCUGGUAUCUGUGUUGGUUUAUAAGUAAGAUUCUCAACUGGCUUCGAUCUCUAAGAGAGGAGAUCAAGAAUGGAUGUCGCAUUUUUGGGAACUGGAUCGGGCUAUCCAUCACCGUGUAGGAGUGCUUCGUGUAUGGCAAUAAGACAUGAAGGAGAAGUCUGGUUGAUUGAUUGUGGGGAAGGAUCACAAACACAAAUCAUGAAAACAAAACUAAUUCGACCGGGAAGAAUAACAAAAAUUUUCAUCACCCAUCUGCAUGGCGACCAUUUGUUUGGCUUACCAGGUCUUCUCUGCACAAUAUCAAUGGCAUAUAAAUCUUCUAAUGAAGAAGCAAUGGAAGUUGAAAAGGAAGAUAUUGAUCCCACAGAUACUAUUGUUGAAAUAUAUGGACCAUGUGGCCUAAGGAGAUUUCUGAGGGAAUCUCUCAAUUUAUCUCGUUCUAUAUUAUCAUUUAAAUAUGUUGUUCAUGAACUAGUUCCUGAAAAUAAACAAUAUAAUCAUAUUAAAGGAGGAGAUCCUGACUGGAGCAAGUGGAGUCCAGAUCAUAUGGCAACAGGCAGUCUUCACAUAAAUGAAUGUAAACAUGGACGUGCAAUAUUUUAUGAUUCAUCCUGUGAAGGUUGGUUUAUAUUCAAAGACGAGAAGAUCACAAUACUGGCAGGUCAGCUCUGUCACCGUAUUCCUGCUUUUGGCUACGUUUUCUUUGAACCUCCGAAACCUGGUCGUUUAGAAAGUGAAAAACUACAAAAAGCUGGCGUACCGAAAGGACCACUGUAUGGAAAAAUCAAGCGAGGUGAAUCAGUGACACUCGCGGAUGGAACGGUUAUUAACCCAAGGGAUUAUAUUGGUCCUGAACAACCUGGCAGAAAGGUAGCUAUAUUGCAAGACACUCGUGAUUCCUGGUCAACUCUUUCAAUUUGUCAAAACUGUGAUGUCAUGAUACAUGAAGCAACAAAUGAAAAUUCACAUUAUAAACAAUGUUAUGAUAACGGACAUUCAACGCCGGCAAUGGCUGCAGAAUUUGCAACUGCUGCUAAUGCUUCAACAUUAGUUCUGACACAUUUUAGUCAAAGAUACAAGGAUCCACAUUUGCAUGAGGAGAUUGAUGACACGGAUCUCACCGUGGAUAAAUUAGUUGAAGAAGCUGGUGAAGGGUUUUUAGGAAAUGUGAUUGCGGCAUAUGAUGGUCUUAUUUUACCUGUAACAAGAAAAGUCAAAUGAUUCCACGACUGUCAGUAUUCGAAAAUGGCUAUCAGUAUUGGUUUGCUUUUCACACCAAGAUUGCCAAAAGUUUGUUCUGUUUUGUUCCAAUCAGUCUAAGAUUGUCUGUGAUGCAUUAUUAUUUUAUCAAAACAUCAAUUGCUUUUUGUCAUUUUCUUGUAGCUUUCGAGAUAUUGGAUACAGUGUCAAAAUA